AUGUAUGGUAGGGGUGCCAAAGGUCAGGAUUCUCCUCAAGGCAAGAAAGAAAAACCUAGUAGUAGAGAUGAGAAAUCARGUAAAGAAUGUUUCCGGUGUGGGGGCUCACAYCCCCCCUUUAAAUGCCCAUUUAAGAAUGAACAGUGUUUUUCCUGUAAAAGGAGGGGGCACACAAAGGCCAUGUGUCGGGAGAGACACAGAUCCAGGAACUGUAACCUAGUAGAAGAAGAGGACCUAGAGUUUGAGGACCCAGGAAUUGAGGAAAACAUGAAUCACAUUAGUGAUACCAAGGGGAAACCCAUCAUAGUUGUGGUAGAAGUGAAGGGAAAUGCAACCCCUUUUGCACCCUUGGAGUUUGAGCUAGACACUGGGUGCCCGGUCACCUUGAUAGAUSAAGAAACAAUCAAGGGCAUGUUUGGAGGGAAGGUACCUAAAUUACAGCCAUCGCCAUUAAGGCUCAAGUCGUACACAGGUCAGAGAGUAAAUGUAUUGGGAACAGUUGCCCUAGAGCUAAAGUACAAUGGUCAAGUAAGAAAAGCUGAAGUUCAUGUUACCAAGGGGGGAGGCCCACUGCUUUUAGGAAGAGACAUUAUACAGGGUCUUUCAGUCAUGACUGUGAACCAGAUAAGGCUAGGAGGAGUAUUGAAAAAACAUGGUGACCUCUUCAAGGAGGAACUGGGUACCAUAAAAGGGGUUACUGCUAWGAUAAAUGUGGACCCCACUGCCACGCCCAAGUUUUUCAAACCCAGGUCCUUGCCCUAUGCAAUGAAGGGUAAGGUAGAGGCCGAAAUUGACAGGCUUGUGUCAACAGGCACCCUCAAACCAGUCCAGUUUUCUGACUGGGCUGCCCCAGUGGUUCCUGUGUUAAAGCCAGAUGGGUCCAUAAGGUUGUGCGGGGACUAUAAGGUUACAGUAAACCAAGCCUCAAGGCUUGAUCAGUUCCCACAUCCCACGUUUGAUGAUAUCGCAGCCAAAUUGGCUGGAGGGCAGAAAUUUUCCAAGUUAGAUCUAAGCCAUGCUUAUCAACAGUUACUGUUAAAUGAAGAGUCAUCACAGUACGUAACAAUCAAUACCCAUCGAGGAUUGUUCACCUAUACCCGACUUCCUUUUGGGGUGUCCAGUGCCCCAGCCAUAUUCCAGAGGACCAUUGAGGGUAUCCUGCGAGGAAUUCCCCGGGUGGCAGUCUACAUUGAUGAUAUCUUGGUCACAGGAGCCAAUGAUGCAGAACAUUUGCAAAUCCUAGAACAAGUGUUAUCCAAGCUGGAGGAAGCGGGCUUAAGGCUAAAGGAAAGUAAGUGUGUUUACCUGGCUGAGAGUGUCACAUACCUUGGUCGUGUGAUAGACGCACAGGGAAUCCACCCUGUGAAAGACAAGGUGCAAGCACUGACAGAAGCAAGGGCACCUAAUGAUGUCUCUGAGCUGAAAGCCUACUUGGGACUGCUGAACUACUACAAUCGGUUCCUACCGAGGUUAGCAACCACCCUAGCACCGUUGCAUAAGUUAUUGCGAAGCGAGGAACUUUGGAAAUGGAGAAAGGAACAACAGGAGAGUUUUGAGAAGUCUAAGGAGCUGAUCAUGUCUGCAGAUGUGUUAGUCCAUUAUGACCCAGAUCAAGAGCUGUUAUUACAGUGCGAUGCUUCCCCUUACGGCGUCGGAGCGGUGCUGUCACACCGCAUGGCUGACGGUGCUGAUAAACCUAUCGCAUUUGCAUCCAGAACCCUUAACGCAGCUGAGAAGAACUACUCACAAUUAGAUCGAGAAGGACUGGGCGUCAUAUUCGGCCUGAAGAAAUUCCACAAGUAUUUGUAUGGACGCCAUUUUAGGAUCUUGACAGACCACAAGCCCCUCGAGACAUUGUUCAAUGAAAAAAAGCAGGUGCCAACCACCGCCUCACCAAGAGUCCAAAGAUGGGCUGUGACCCUAAGAGGUUAUGACUACACCAUCCAGUACCGAGCGGGAAAAGAGAACGGAAAUGCGGAUGCUUUCAGCAGAUUACCCUUACCAGUAAGUCGGCAAGUGCAGGAAGAGGACAGAGUACUUCUCAUUCAAGAGCUGGAGGGGUUCCCCUUAACAGCKGAGCAGAUACGUACCUGGACCCAACGUGACCCGGUGCUAGCACAUGUAAAGGAAUACCUUUUACGAGGAUGGCCUGACGAUAGCACCUUGGAUGAUCCAUUGAUGAGGCCAUACCAGACAAAGACGUUGGAGUUGAGCGUGCACGAGGGAUGUGUGCUUUGGGGUGCGCGAGUCGUGAUUCCACCAGUAGGGAGAGAGCAGGUGUUGAAGGAGCUGCAUCGAGCACAUACAGGUAUUAACCGUAUGAAAGGAUUAGCACGUAGCUAUGUGUGGUGGCCGUCUAUGGAUAAGGACUUAGAGAACUUAGCCCAACAAUGUGAAACCUGUCAAGUACACCGUAAGGCACCGGCGGCAGCUCCCUUGCUCCCCUGGGAGUGGCCGGACCAACCAUGGAAACGACUACACAUGGAUUACGCAGGUCCAUUUAUGGGCCAAAUGUUCUUGGCUGUUGUUGAUGCCCAUUCCAAAUGGAUUAAUGCAGAGAUURUGAGCUCCACUACCUCGGCUGCCACCAUAUCUAAGCUUCGGGCGAUGUUUGCAACUCAUGGGCUACCGGAGGUGGUCGUCUCUGAUAACGGGUCUAACUUCACUAGUCAAGAGAUGGAGGAAUUCUUGACUCAGAACGGUAUAGUGCAUGUCACGUCCGCACCUUACCAUCCCGCAACUAAUGGCUUAGCCAAAAGAGCAGUACAGACCAUAAAGGAAGGACUAAAGAAAGAGCGAGGAGAUAGCAUUGAGACUCGACUUCAGAAGUUGUUAUUCAACUACAGGAUAACACCUCAGACAACAACUGGGAAGUCUCCAGCGGAAGCAUUGAUGGGACGCAAGUUGCGAUGUAGACUAGACUUGCUACAUCCAAACCUACAAGGAAAGGUUCAACAAAAACAGAGCAAGAUGAAGGAAGUACAUGACCGUCAAGCCCACCCACGCGUGUUCACGGUUGGCAACCCAGUGUAUGUCCGGAAUUUUGGAAGCGGGUUACGCUGGAUCCCSGGGGUAAUUCAGGAAACUACAGGCCCGUUGUCCUACACAGUUACCCUAGUGGAUGGCCGGGGAGUACGCAGACACAUAGACCAUGUGCGUAGUCGGCAUCCCGAGAAAGCCACCGGAUCGCCUCCACAGGGGGACUCGGUGGCUAUAACCCAAGAGGUUGUCAAGGAUGGAGAACAGAAGGUGGAAGAAGAAGGGCAGGAUAACCAUGUCAUGCUGCAGUCACCAAGGGAUGUUGUCACUCUAGCUACAGAGCCCCUUCCAAGCAACGUCGAAGAGCGGCCUACCACAAGUUGUGAUGCGGUUGCCUGUACAGAGGCGUUACAACAAUAUCCCACAGAGUCUGAGAGGGUGAUAGUGGCCAAAAAAAUUGUUAAAGCCUAUCCCUUUACAAAAGRCAAAAAGAUACUGGCAUCAUCAAAUGAAUGGGGCUCUUGGGAACAGAAAAUUAAACACCGAAUAAAAAGGCUGCAGAGGUCUUCUGCUAGAAGGAGUAUUGCAUACCGAAAAGUAGGUGAUCCUGGCAGCACACCAGGUUCAUCAAAGAAGACCUCGAGAAAAACAGAAGAGAUGUGGUCUUCAGUUCCAGAAAUUCCAGAAGACGAGACUGAUGAAACCUUGGGGRAAAGGUUAAGCAGCUCAAGAAAAUUUGCCGCAGUAGCAGACCAGACCAAUCUGCUGUCCAAACCCUAA